AUGACUAAGCCUAAAACCACGCCCAUCGAUUACGAUGUCAUCAUCGUCGGGGCAGGCAUUUCCGGGAUCAGCUUUGCAUACCGACUUCAAGAACAGAACCCCAAUCUAUCAUAUUGCAUCUUAGAAGCCCGCCACGAAAUUGGUGGGACAUGGAGUCUCUUCCAGUAUCCGGGAAUCCGGUCAGACUCUGAUCUACACACCUUUGGCUUUCCCUGGCGGCCAUGGAUCGACAAGGACGCCAUCGCUCAUGGCUCAAAGAUCUCACGGUAUCUAAAAGAUUCGGCGGCCCAGGAGGGUAUUGACCACUACAUUAAAUAUAAUCACCGCGUGAGCCACAUUUCUUGGUCCACUGCCGCCAAAGAAUGGACACUUCAAGUGUCCCUAAAGGAUCCAGGCGCAACCAAGGAGCUGCGCGCGCGGUUCAUCAUGUUAGGCACCGGAUACUACGAUUACGACCAGCCGAUGCAUGCGGAGAUCCCCGGACUUGAACGAUUUGAAGGUCCAGUUAUCCAUCCACAAUUCUGGCCCAAGGAUCUGGACUACGCGGGCAAGUCGGUUGUCAUCAUUGGCUCCGGCGCGACGGCCAUCACCCUCUUGCCCGCCAUGGCCGAGAAGGCCUCUCAUGUCACUAUGCUGCAGCGGUCUCCAACCUACGUUGUCUCGAUACCAAGGGAAGAUAAGUUUGAAAUGGCAAUCCGCUUCUUUUUCCCCACGCUGCUGGCAUCCAAGUUGGUCCGCUUUAAAUGGAUGCUCACAUCCUUUGUGAUGGUAACAUUUUGCCAAUGGUUCCCCAAUCUAGCUCGGUGGUUGUUCCGUCGAACAAUUAAGAAGGAGCUCCCCGAAGGAAUGUCGCUAGACCCUGAUUUCAAUCCCUCCUAUGCUCCCUGGCAACAGAGGCUGUGCGUGUGUCCAGACGGCGACUUCUACGCGUGCCUGCGGAACGGCACUGGCAGCGUUAAGACAGGAGUGAUUAAUACCAUCACACCUAAUAGCAUCCAGUUGGGGUCUGGUGACGAGCUGAAUCCCGACAUCAUCGUCACGGCGACAGGGCUGAGGCUGCGCUUAGCCGGCGGAAUGGAUAUCGAGGUAGACGGUCAGCCCUUCCAUAUUCCCGACCAUUUUUUGUGGAAGGGCGCGAUGCUUGAAGGUCUCCCUAAUUUGACGCUCGCCUUUGGCUAUGUCGAUGCUAGUUGGACACUAGGGGCGGACGCAACCGCCCAGUUGGUGUGCCGGUUGCUUCAUAGGAUGAGGCAGGAGGGAGUUUCUAUGAUUGUUCCUCGGCUUUCUGAGUCAGAGAAACAGGGCAUGCGGGAGACCCCGUUCCUCUAUCUGAACUCAACAUAUGUCCAGAAGGGGCAGUCCGUUUUUCCCAAGGUGGGUGACCGUCACCAGUGGCGUCGCCGUUCGUAUUACUGGAAGGAUAUUUUGGGGGCUUGGUGGGGUGAUAUUCGGACGGGCAUGGAGUGGUUCCGCAUAUAA